GUCGAACCAACGAGGAAGUAGCACGAGAGCUGCGGCUGAAGAUGUUUACGUUUAGUGUAACGCUCGUACGACAUGGGGAAACACAGUACAACAAGGACAAGCUGCUGCAAGGUCAAGGUGUGGACACUCCUCUGUCAGAGUUAGGCGCACAGCAAGGUGAAGCUGCAGGACAAUACCUCAAAGACAUCCCAUUCAGCAAUCUGUUUGUCAGCAACCUGCAGCGGGCUGUGCAGACAGCUGAAAUAAUUCGGAGGAACAACACUCACUGUUCUGGCACCGAGAUGGUUCUGGAGCCGUUACUCAGAGAAAGGGGUUUCGGUGUUGCUGAAGGACGUCCCAAGGAGGAUCUGAAGAACAUGGCCAAUGCUUCUGGUCAGUCGUGUCGUGACUACACACCACCUGGAGGAGAGACGACAGAGCAGGUGAGGCUGCGAUUCAAAAAAUUCCUCAAACUCCUUUUCAAGCAAAUGCUCGAUGAGCACAGCUUGUCAGGACCGGAGGCCUCUUCAGGGGCAUCAACAGCUGGAGAUGCUGCAGCCUCGGACGUCCCUCCAGGCGGCUCGGCCGAUGACGGUCUUCAGGGAGUGUCGGUCCACGCUCUGGUGGUGAGCCACGGCGCUUACAUUCGUGUUGCUGUCAGGCACCUUGUGGAGGACUUGAAGUGUACUAUACCUGCAGGCGUGAAGAAUUCACAUCUGUUCUCGCCCUGUCCUAACACGGGCAUCAGCCGCUUUAUUCUCACUCUGAGCCAGUCUGAGUCUGGGCCGGUGCUCACUGCUGGUCGCUGUGUUUUUGCCAACAGAAAGACCCACCUAGAAAACUGCUCAGAAUAGUGUGAAAGGAGUAAAGUUUCAUGUCUGUGUGCAUACGUACACAGUGUCUAAUGGAUGAUAGGACUAUCAUAAACACAAAAGGGGAAAAAAAAGCUUCAACGUUACCACAGGUAACUGAAUGCAACAAUGCACAGGGUAAAUGUUUUAAUCAUGUUUACUGUGGAUCAAUCUCUAAACUCAUUGUGCAGUACUGUCAUGUUAUGAAUCAAUAUCCUUCCACCUGUAUGCCAAUAUGGACUUGUGUGUCAUUUUUAAAAUUGGUAAUUUAUUUGCCUAUUUUAUUACAUUAUACCAAAGUCUAAAUUAUUUAAUGUAUUCUGAACACUAUCAGUAGGUUUUUCAUUUCCAGCGUGAUGUGUGUCCUGUUGUUGCAGUUGUGGUGCUGCUCAUUUUACUUGUGCAAUACAACAUGAAAGCACUGA